AUGGAAGAGCAAGUGCAGAGGCUCGCCGAUAAAGUGUGGCGAAAAUACCAGGGAACACCCGCGGACAAGCGCCUUUUAAUCGGUAUUGCUGGCAUUCCCGGCUCGGGAAAAACUACAUUCUCAAAAGUCAUCACCUCCAGUCUUAAUGAUAAAGCAGCGAAGCAGAAUCCCGGCACUCCCUCGCCGGCGGCUUUCCUUCCGAUGGACGGCUUCCAUUACCCGAGAAGCUACCUAUCAGCACAGGCAGACGCUGCUUUCCAUCACGCCCGCCGCGGAGCAUCCUUUACUUUCGACGCUCCCAAGUUUCUAGAGUUGGUUAUAAAGCUGCGGAAUAUGCCACUAGACACAGACAUCAAGGUGCCAUCGUUUGACCACGCCGUCAAAGACCCGAAGGAGGAUGACAUUGUAAUCACGCCUACACAGCGCAUCCUUGUCGUAGAGGGCAACUACGUGGCCCUCAAUGCCAAUGUGUGGCGCGACGCUGCCGCACUCUUUGACGAGCUCUGGUUUGUCGAGGUCGACUUCAACCGGGCGAGGGAGAGACUUGCACCUCGCCAUGUCAGAGCAGGUAUUGUGGCAAACCUCGAAGAUGGCUACAAGCGCGCAGACGAAAAUGAUCUUGUCAAUGGCAAAGAGAUUGUCGACAAUAGAAUGCCAGUUCAAGAAAUUAUAUAUAGCACUGAAGACGACAGCUGGACUACAGCAGCUUGA